CGCCUUGCCGCGGUGGUGGACGUGCGCGAACUCCGGCGCGUGGAACGCCGCGUCCUGGACCUCCGGCGAGACGUCCUGGCCGCAGCGGAUCGGUUUCAACGGCGGCGCGGCGGCGACGGAGCUGUACGUCGCGAGGAGCACGGCCACGAGCACCUCGAUCACGACGUCGGUCGGCGGCACGAGCUUCGGGUCGUCGACCAGGCUCUUGAAGUGCACGCAGGAGAAGGCCGCGUGGGCCAGCAGGACGAUCGACGCCCAGUGGGCGAGGUCGGUGAGCAUUUUUGCGCGCAGCGGCGGCGAGCGAGGGGCUGGAGAGUCCUUUACGCGUCGCAGCGAUGCUGGGAGCAGCAGAGCUGCUUGUGGGAAAUACGCGCGCAGGGGCGCGGCGUCGUGAGCGAGGUGCUGCGAGUUCGAGCUCUUUACUUCGCAGCGAUGCCGGGAGCAGCGCAGCUUUGUCAGGGCGAUACGUGAGCACAGCGCGCUUCUCAGGGUGUCACCGGAGGCCGAAAAUCACCAAUAAUUUGGCCAGGGCCCAAAAGCGCCGCGUCG